AUGGUAGCAAAGAAUAAUAUAGAGAAUAAGAAUACUACCACUACAACUGUUCCAAAGAGGAAAAAAGUUAGUAAAGCAUGCGAUAGUUGUAGACGUAGAAAGAUUAAAUGUACAGGUACUCAACCGUGUAUGAAUUGUCAAUUACAUCAAUGUACUUGUAUAUUUUCAAAUAACAGUAGUACUACUACUUCUACUACUUCUACUACUACUUCUACUACUACUAGUAAUAUGAUUAAGAAAAAAGGUGUUAGAUUACCAAGAAUUUCAACUAAAUUAGAUAAUCUGAAAAAUAAUAAUAAUACAGAAAGUACUGGUGAUAGUAGUAGUAGUACUACUACUACAAGUACUAGUACUACAUUUGAUAGAAAUGUUCCUCAUACAAGUUCUUUAUAUAAAGUUGAUUUAAAUGAUGAUAACAAUAAUAAUAAUGAUAAUGAUAAUGAUAAGAAAACUAAUCCUGAAUUAAAUGAAUUUGAAAAUGGUUUAUAUGAAGGUGAUAUUGAAGAUUUACCAAAAUAUAAUGAAUAUAAACAAACUAUUGAAAAAUUAACAUCGAUACCAAAUAAAAAUAAAAUGAUUGAAUCGAUGAUUAGUGAUUUAAAUGAUAAAAUUAAUGAUUUAAUCCUUAAUUGGCAACCAAAGAUUAAUUUAUUGAAACUACCAAAAUUAUUAAAAGUAUCAGAUCCAAUUGAUGCUUCAAAAUCGAUUGAAACUCAAUUAAUGAUUAAUAAAUAUAGAAAUAGAAUUCAUUUAAGUAGAUAUUCUCAUUGGUCAUUUAAUUCAAGAAAUGAGAAAUUUAAAAAAUCAACAAAGAGAGAAGAUUAUGAUAAAUGUGAUCAAGAAUCUCAUAUUUCUCCAAUAGGUAAAGAAGGUGGUUAUUUAAAUUCAGUACCAUUAAUUGAUGAAAUCUUUGGACUCUAUCAUCCUUGUGAAGCUUUAUCUUUAAGAGGUAUUGCUUAUUUAACUCAAAAAUAUAGUGUAUUAAGACCAAAAGGGAAAGGGAAAAGUCAGAUUAUUAGAGCUAAUGUAUUUCUUUUAUUAAGAUUUUUUGAUUUAUGUUGGUUACAUAUGAAUGAAGAUAGAAUUUCAAUGGCAAAUCCUUUAGAAAGUUAUUUACAAAGAACUAAAGGUAUAUCAUCAACAGGUUUCCCUUCUGCAACAUCACCACAAAAUUCUAUUACAUCUUCUUCUACAAAUAAUAAUUAUAAUUAUAAUAAUGGUGCCACUGGUCAAUCAAAUAUUCCAACUCCUUCAACACCUGCUGUAUCAAAUACAAAUAAUAAAGAAAUGGUAUUAUCAAUAUUAAGAACUUUACCUUCUGGUUUCCUUGAACAUUUAACUCCUGAUAAUGUAACAAAAUUAUUAGAUAACAUUGAAGAUGAUCUUGGAAUGUUUAAAUUAUUAUUAGAAAUUUGUGGAAAUCAUAAAGAUAAAAUUGAAAGUUUCCUUAGAUGGAUUAGUCCACCAAAUAAAUCAAAUGUAAAUCCUCAAGAUUUAGAAAGAUGUAAUAAAUUAAUUGGUGUUCAUGAAUUAUUAUUAACAUUAUGUUAUUCUUAUUAUAAUACAACAAUGUAUUAUUUAGUUCAUAUGGAUUCAUUAGAUUACUUGGAAUUAUUAUUAGAUAUGUUAGAUUAUGAAGAUUGGGCAAAGGAAAUUUAUGGAUUUGAUAAAAUUUUAAAUGUUGCAAUUAAUUGUGCUUUAAAAGCUGGAUUUUCUCGUUGGGAAUAUUAUGUUGGAUUUGAUGAAGAAACUGCAGAAAGAAGAAGACGUGUUUGGUGGAGACUUUAUAUGUAUGAUAAAAAAGUUAUGAUGGAAGAUUCUUAUAUGUCAGGGAUUGAUGAUUCAAAGAUGAAUUGUUUAUUGCCAAAAGAAUUUAGAGAUAUGGGUUUUGUAGACCAUAAUGAUUUUAUUAAAAAAUUACAUUUAUUUUCAAGAACUUCAACUUUAGAUAAUUUACCAAUUGAUCAAUUAGUCUUUUAUGCAAGUUUAUCAACUUAUCAAGUGAUUAGUCAUUUUUAUUCUGAAGUACUUUAUAAUGAAAAAUAUACUUCAAUUAGAAAUACUGCAAAACCGAACGAAGUUAGAACAAGAUUAAUUGGAGAAUUAUUUGGAAGAAUGGGUCUCUUUGUAAUGAGAUUUGAUAAGAUUAAAGAACAAGUUGGUAGAUUAUUUGAAAUUGCGGAAAAUAUUAACGAACCUCAAUUCUCAAAUGUAUCUGAUAAAGAUAAACAAAAGGCUGUAGCAUUCGCAUUUGAAUAUACCGCAUUAUAUUGUUUAGUCACUAGAGUCUCAAUCAAUAUUGGAAUUCGUAUAUCAGUUCAUCCAAAACCUCCUUAUAUUAAAGAAAGGAUCAUGGCCCUAAGCAAAUCAGUAUAUGACAAAUGGGUAACCAUGAAUAAGACAUUGUUACAAUUAGAGACAUCAUAUGAUUUAUGGCGUGUCAUCGAACAUUAUACAUAUACAUUCUUGUUGAUGAUCACAUGGAUGUAUGACGAAUGUGCAUAUAUUGAACAUUCAGAUAUUAUAGAGGUAAUUAAUGUUUUUGAAAGAUUAUCUGAAUUGAAAGAUGUCUUCAUCUUGAGUAACAAUAGUGAUCGUCAAACUUUGAGGUUCUUUUCUUCUUUGUUUACUCUAUUUUGUAUCAUGACAAGAAUAUUGUUAACAGAAUAUGUUGGGUUGGAUCGUAUGAAUAGUGAUGAUAUCUCCAAAAUUUUUGCCAAAGAAGGUCCUCAUAUUGUGGAAUUGGUAAAGAUUAUCUUUGAUGGUAAUUCAUAUUGCUAUCAAUUGGUCCUGACACCAUUAGAGGAAUCCAUAUUCCAUACAUCUGUUAAGAAAAUGUUGAAAUCAGAUUAUGAUAUUAAAGUAGAAGAAACCCCUGCAGUACAUAAGUCAUAUAGAGGAAGCCCUACAGCAACAGGCUCAACAAGAGUGGAUAGUAAUGAAAUACCUAACAAACCUUUCUCUAGAUCGGUCAGUGAACAAGUAUUAGCUCAUCCAACUAUGUCAUUCGAUAGAAAUAGGAAUGAUAGUCAAAAUUUCCCAUCUACAAAUUCAGAAACAGGAACAAGAAAUUUAAUGAACCCAAUGGUAGCACAAAACGUCAUUGGUGUCCCCAUUCAGUCUCCGAGUGGUGGAGGCAUAAACCCUGGAAUGAUUCCUCCCUCUCGUAUAAAUCAAGGGUUUGUAUCUGGUCUGGGACCUGGUCCAAGUUCCGGGCCUGCCAUGCAAAAUAAAAUCAGUAAUUUGUUACAAACUGAAAUUAUGGAUAAUCCAUUACUGUCACAUACCCCACCAUUACCAUCUUUGAAUAACACAAAUAAUACAUUAUUGUAUCCACCUAAUCAACCGAAUGGUAAACGUCAAGAAUCUUCCCCACAAAUUGGUUACAUUGACAAACGUUUGUUCCAGCCGUUCGACCUGGGUAUCCUGGAGGACUUCUUCAGCUCAACCGAUUUUACCGAUUUAGGAUCUCUAUAG